CUGCUGUGAGUCAGCGUGAAGCCGAGCGUGAGAUGUAGACUCUUCACCUUUCCACAAUGCACAUGAGCAAUCUGCUGAACUGCUGGAAUGAGAUCACAGGGAUAUCUGAUGUGGGCGUGUCCCCUGAGCCCGGCAGCCCCACCCUCCUCAGUGAGUGUGCAGAUACGUACUGCCAGGCCGAGCACCGGAGCCGCCUCCAUACCUGUGUCUGCAAACUGCACUUCUGGGAGGAUUUCAGCACCGAGCUCAUAGGGAGUGGCUUCUUCUCUAAAGUCUACAAGGUGACGCAUAACACCACGAUGAAAGUGAUGGUGGUGAAGGUUUAUAAGAACGACGUGGAUCAGGACGGCAUCAUGAGAGAGAUCAGCCUCCUGCAGAAACUCUCACACCCCAAUGUGGUGAGGUAUCUGGGGAUUUGUGUCAGAGAGGAUAAACUGUACCCGAUCCUCGAGUAUGUAAGCGGAGGCUGUCUGGAAGAGUUCUUGGCGAGGAGUGACAUCACACUGUGUUGGAGAGAGAAGGUGGAACUGGCCUGUGACAUCUGCAGAGGGAUGACCUACCUCCACUCCAGAAACAUCUACCAUAGAGACCUGAAUUCCAAGAACUGCCUGAUCCGAGUGACCGCACAGGGCAGAGAGGCGGUGGUGACAGAUUUCGGUCUCGCCCGGGAGGUGGUGGAGCUUCCUGUUAACAGUCCUGACAGGAAGAUGUCCUUGGUGGGUUCUGCGUUCUGGAUGGCCCCUGAGAUGCUGAGAGGGGAACCGUAUGACCGCAAGGUGGAUGUUUUCUCCUUUGGGAUCAUGUUGUGUGAGAUUCUGGCUAGAAUUCCCGCUGACCCAGAAGUUCUGCCUAGAACGCAGGAUUAUGGUCUGGAUGUGGAGGCAUUCAGUGAGCUGGUACAGGGAUGUCCACAGAAAGUUCUGGAGCUCUCAGCCAACUGCUGUCAGAUGGAUGCAUAUCGCCGGCCGUCCUUCUCUGACCUACUGGAAAAGCUAGAGGACGUUGCGGAGAAUUUGCUGCCUCCAGACUGUCCUCUGACCUCAGGAUGACCUCUGAACCCAGGCUUACAGACAUUACAGACCCACAGAGAUGGACAGGACCAGGCUUUCUGUGAUGGAUGUUGACUCUGCGAGUGAGUGUCUGCUGCAUGCUUCAGCCUUUACGCCUCACUUUAUUUUUGAGGACUUGUGUGUUUCGGGAACUGGACCGAAUUUCAAAAAGGACCUGCUACUAUACACCAUUCCUCAUGCAGGCUAAUCAGGGUUUACUGCAGGAGGCAGGAAUUAAAGUGGCAGUGAACCAUAUUUUAUGUUCAUUAGGGGAUUGUUUUGAUUGUGUAGGUGGGCAUAUCCGUGAAUAGUUCACCCGUUUUGUAUGAUUUGGAAACACUAACUUGUGUUUCCAAAUAAGCAAUAUUGAGAUCGAUCUCCAGACCAAAAAAUAAAGAUCGUCUGAUGCUGGUGAGGUGGAUUGUAAUAAAAACACUACCAGUGUUUUUUAACUCUUUACCUCAGCUGAAAAGAUGUACUUCCUGUAAGGUACCUUAUGUAUGGGGCAGUGAUGGCUUGGCGGUUAAAGCUCUGGGUUACUAAUCGGAAGGUCAGGGGUUCAAACCUUAGCACUGCCCAGCUGCCACUGUUGGGCCCUUGAGAGUUAAACCUUAACCCUCUCUGCUCCAGGGGCGCUGUGUAUCAUGGCUGUGUAUCAUGGCUGACCCUGCGCACUGACCCCAGCUUCCUAACAUGCUGCGGUAUGCGAAGAAAAGAAUUUCACUGUGCAUAUGUAUAUAUGAUCAAUAAAAACUCAUUAUCAUUAUCUCUUUAAGGAAAAGGACUGAAGUUUGCAGCUCUGCUCCAAACUGGGGUGGAGCUUAUUUCAGGACCAGAAAAAUCCUGAAAUGAAGAAACUAGUGAGA